AUGUUCACAAUCACGUGGAAGCAGAUUCCCGGAAAUGGAAACCUACAGCCAGGGAUUAUGGGCCUCCAGUGGGCGAAGCACCUCCGUAACGCCGUCAAAGUCACCAUAACCGAUAUCAGUGACACAUGCAUCAAAAUGAUCAAGGACAACUGCGAGCUAAACCACAUCCGGGAUGAUGGCAGCCCCAGAGGCUCACGAGGCCCCCGGGGGCCCGACUGGGCCAGUAGCAAAGUCGAGGGAGAGCCCAUCGCUACGGUGGAGGUCGUCAAGAUGGACGCCAACGUCACUAUGGACCUGUGGCCUUUUGACUACAUGGAUUAUGGGCCUCAAGUGGGCGAAGCACCUCCGUAACGCCGUCAAAGUCACCAUAACCGAUAUCAGCGACACGUGCAUCAAAAUGAUCAAGGAGAACUGCGAGC